AAGGCCCGCCCCGCGGCGCUGUCGCUCGCCCUGGAAGAAGCGGAAGAAGAUGGCGCUCACCAGCUUUUUACCUGCACCUACUCAGCUAUCUCAAGACCAGCUUGAGGCUGAAGAAAAAGCAAGAUCUCAGCGAUCACGGCAGACCUCACUGGUCUCCUCCCGGAGAGAACCACCCCCAUACGGGUACCGAAAAGGCUGGAUACCUCGGUUGUUAGAGGAUUUUGGAGAUGGAGGUGCCUUUCCAGAAAUCCAUGUGGCCCAGUAUCCCCUGGAUAUGGGACGAAAGAAAAAAAUGUCAAAUGCACUGGCCAUUCAGGUGGAUCCUGAAGGAAAGAUUAAAUAUGAUGCAAUUGCUCGACAAGGACAGUCAAAAGACAAGGUCAUUUAUAGCAAAUACACUGACCUGGUUCCAAAGGAGGUUAUGAAUGCAGAUGAUCCAGACCUACAAAGACCUGAUGAAGAAGCUAUUAAAGAGAUAACAGAAAAGACAAGGGUAGCCUUAGAGAAAUCUGUAUCGCAGAAGGUUGCCGCAGCCAUGCCAGUUCGAGCAGCUGAUAAACUGGCUCCUGCUCAGUACAUCCGGUACACACCAUCUCAGCAAGGAGUAGCUUUCAACUCUGGAGCUAAACAGAGGGUUAUUCGAAUGGUAGAAAUGCAGAAAGAUCCAAUGGAACCUCCAAGGUUCAAGAUUAAUAAGAAAAUUCCCCGAGGACCACCUUCUCCUCCUGCGCCUGUCAUGCACUCUCCUAGUCGAAAGAUGACUGUAAAGGAACAACAAGAGUGGAAGAUUCCUCCUUGUAUUUCCAACUGGAAAAAUGCAAAGGGUUAUACAAUUCCAUUAGACAAACGUCUAGCUGCCGAUGGAAGAGGACUUCAGACAGUACACAUAAAUGAGAAUUUUGCCAAACUGGCUGAAGCGCUGUACAUUGCUGAUCGGAAGGCUCGUGAAGCUGUGGAAAUGCGUGCCCAAGUAGAGCGAAAGAUGGCUCAAAAAGAAAAGGAGAAACAUGAAGAGAAACUUAGAGAAAUGGCCCAAAAAGCCAGAGAGAGGAGAGCGGGGAUCAAAACCCAUGUGGAAAAAGAGGAUGGGGAGGCACGUGAGAGAGAUGAAAUCCGUCACGAUAGACGAAAAGAAAGACAGCAUGACCGGAAUCUUUCUAGGGCAGCUCCUGAUAAGAGGUCAAAGCUGCAGAGAAAUGAAAAUCGAGAUAUCAGUGAAGUCAUUGCUCUUGGUGUGCCCAAUCCUCGGAAUUCCAAUGAAGUACAGUAUGACCAAAGGCUUUUCAACCAAUCCAAGGGUAUGGACAGUGGAUUCGCAGGUGGAGAAGAUGAAAUUUACAAUGUGUAUGAUCAAGCCUGGAGAGGUGGUAAAGAUAUGGCCCAGAGUAUUUAUAGACCCAGUAAAAAUCUGGACAAAGACAUGUAUGGUGAUGACCUAGAAGCCAGGAUAAAAACCAACAGAUUUGUUCCCGACAAGGAGUUUUCUGGUUCAGACCGUAGACAGAGAGGCCGAGAAGGACCAGUUCAGUUUGAAGAAGAUCCUUUUGGUUUGGACAAGUUUUUGGAAGAAGCCAAACAGCAUGGUGGCUCUAAAAGACCCUCAGAUAGCAGCCGACCCAAGGAACAUGAACAUGAAGGCAAGAAGAGGAGGAAGGAGUAGACAUACCUCUCUUCAAAGUGAAUGAACUAUUACACAUAACCCUAAUGAUGCAAGUCAUGGGGGAACACUUUGUAAAUGGUCGGGAUAAAAACCAAACCUGGGUAUCAGAUCCCAGUGCUACUUUUUACUACGGGCGAUGAGGGGACUAAAAAUUCUACUUUGAAUUAUUUAGCUUUUUUAAAACAGUGGGUUGUGUUUGUGCUUCUCCCUCCUUUUAGCACCUGCAGAACGUACAGCCCACACAGAAUUAAGACCAUUUUGUGUGACACUAGUAGUGGGGGGUAAUAUUUUACAUAAGAAGAACUACUUAUGAAUAAGGUUACCCCAACCAUGAGGAGGAGGAUGUUCACAUAUUAGGACUGUGCCACCAAAUGAAUUUUGCCCCUAUUGUGCUAUUUUACUUUGGAGUGGGGAAAAUAAGGUCUUGCUUAGUACAACUAUUUGUUAGAAAUAAAAACAUUUAGACAAAA